CAGCGCUUUUAUCCUGUGGUGCCCCCUGACGAUACCCAACAUUACCUCUCGUAUAUCAUGAAGUUCAGUUCCGCUUUGAAGUUCAACGCAGUCUCGGAGUGGUGGGAAGAAUAUAUUGACUAUGACUAUCUCAAAAAGUAUAUCUAUCAGCUAGAGAAGCAGCAACAGAGUUUGACAUCGUCCUAUCGAGACUUGGAAUCUAAUGAACGAACAUCUCUAGUCGGUCGUCCUUCCGACGUAGCCACGGACUCGAUAUUUAUUCCUCUGCUGGACAAGGAACUGAAGAAGGUUGCCUUAUUCUAUGAGAAUCAGGAAAAAGAGCUGUUUGACGAGCUAGCUGAGCUAGAGGCUUUAGUUCAGAAUCAAGACGAGCUUGGAUUAGAUGGGGACCAUUAUGCCGAUGAUGACGAGUAUGACGAGGAAGACGACGAAAGCCUGUCAAGGAGUCCAGAGAGACACAGGCGACGACGUUUGUCUAGUAGCGUCAAUGUCAAUCGAGGCACCUCGGGUCCCGGUGAAAGCUCCCAUGUACGCCAAUCCCCAGUGCGUCAGAGACACAGCAUCUCCUCCAGUGAAGGUGAAAUGGAGGAUAGUCUGGCUUCGCUUAGGCGUUCUAUCUCUCCUAAUAGAACUAUGCAAAAGCUUGCGAACACGUUUAGCCUCAUGAAGGAUAGUGUAACCUCUUCGGGGCUUUCGGAAACCAUCUGGACUGCCCGUACAAAUUAUGCGUACGAUACCCGACUCCUCUUCAAACGGCGAAUAACGAACCUCUAUGUUUCGUUCUCCUCAUUGCGGUCGUACGUUGAAGUCAAUUACUCCGGCUUUCGCAAAGUGCUCAAAAAGUAUGAUAAAGUCACUUAUAGCGAGCUUAAGGACCAUUAUCUCCACGACGUCGUGGAACAGACCGUGCCAUUUUUGCCUGAUUCGAAAGAUCGGCUCAAUGGGGCCAUUGGCCGAUUAGUAGACCUCUAUACCAAGUGUGUCGCUAGGGGAAACCGGAAUCUCGCCAAACAGCAGUUAAAACUCUUUCAACGCGAAAACAUCGCUUGGGAGCGGGACACAAUAUGGCGGCAAAUGAUUGGUCGCGAAAGACGGGGCGAAGGUGCCGCCUCUAAUCUUCUUGGCGCCACUUUGGUUAAAGAACCUCAACCGGGGCUUUUCGCUAUUCCAACGCCAUUUGGGCGACUCUCUAUCACGCGCAAAUUUUUGUAUUUGGUCAUAGCUCUCGUCGUUUUUGCGGUGUUAUUGAAUGUCGAAGUUGUCCAGGGUAAUGAAGCCAAUCGCUGUUUUGCGGUGCUGGUAUUCUGCACAGUGCUCUGGGCUACCGAGGCUAUACCUCUCUUCGUCACAUCCAUCCUCGUACCUUUACUGCUUGUAUGCUUCCAAGUGGUACGCGGUCCGAAACCGGACUAUGAACACUUAGGUGCCCCGGAUGCUACCAAAUUCAUCUUUUCGGCGAUGUUUUCCCCAACGAUCAUGCUUCUCAUUGGAGGGUUUACAAUAUCAUCUGCGUUAAGCAAGACCAGUAUAGACCGCAUCCUCAUCACUCGCGUUCUCAGCCUUGCAGGCACGAGGCCAUCCGUUGUCUUAUUGGCCUUUAUGUGUGUGUCAUGCUUUGCCAGCAUGUGGAUCAGUAACGUUGCGGCUCCGACACUUUGCUUCACCUUGAUCAAACCUAUCUUGCGAACACUGCCUCCCAAGACGUCUUUUGCUCCUGCAUUAAUCCUUGGUAUCGCUCUAGCCGCAAAUAUUGGAGGUCAAAGCUCGCCAAUCUCGUCCCCGCAGAAUUUGAUUGCGCUUCAAAACAUGGAUGAACCUUUAGACUGGGGCAGCUGGUUUGCUGUAGCCCUUCCCGUUUCUGCCAUUUCAAUAUUGUUGAUAUGGGGCCUUCUAUUGGCGUCGUAUCGACCUGCUCGAUCUCCUGAUGGUGAAAGUGAGAUUGAGAUUCGGCCGAUCCGCGCGACGAAGGAGCCGUUCACUCGCCAGCAGUACUGGGUGUCUUUCGUCUGCCUUGCAACCAUCGUCCUGUGGUGCAUUGCCCAUUCGAUCGAGGACUACGUAGGUGAUAUGGGGGUCAUUGCAAUUAUUCCCAUUAUAGCCUUCUUCUCCACAGGAAUAUUGAAAAAAGACGACUUUGAACAAUUCACAUGGACAAUUGUUUUUCUUGCCAUGGGCGGCAUCGCUUUAGGCAAAGGCGUUACUUCUAGCGGUUUACUUGAUAUCAUGGGAGAGCUUGUUAGAGAUCUCGUUGACGGCUUCAGCCUUUACAACGUUGUGCUCAUACUAUCCCCGAUUGUUCUGGUUAUUUCGACUUUUAUAAGCCACACGAUUGCAAGUGUACUUCUUGUACCUAUCGCAAAAGAAGUCGCAGCGAGCCUCGGCGGUGAUCACCAAAAUUUGUUGAUUUUUGUGACUGCGUUGAUAUGUUCCGCUGGCAUGGGUAUGCCAGUGUCUGGGUUUCCCAACCAGACUGCGGCCACGCAAGAAGAUGAUCUUGGUGAAUUAUAUUUGUCUAAUAUAGAUUUUCUCAAAAACGGGAUUCCAGCGAGUAUUUUCGCAACUCUUGUCGUCGCUACCGUGGGCUAUCUACUUAUGAUUGCCAUAGGUCUGUAAUGUCGUUCCUGGAUAGGAGGAAAAACUCUGCCUUUCCAGAUAUAGAUCUACAUAUUAGUUGAAUAUUUGCGCAGGAUAGGAUAGGAUAUCAUGUUAUUUCAGAUAGGCUAUCAUGUUACGGUACAUUUGAGAAUCCAUUUUUUUUGAUGGUACAACAAGGUGAAGACCUCGAACCCAAC